AUGUCCUUAACCAGACUUAAAAAUUUAAUUGGACUAACUUGUACCACAAAUACUGAGAAAUUCCACCUUUUACGUAGAAGAGAUGAAUUUCUUUCAAAGUUGGUCAAUUUGGAUUCCAAGCCAGGAAAUAAUAAAUUUAUCAAGGGAACAUGUCAGGAUAUGUGUCCAGAAAAAGAACGUUAUAUGCGAGAUGUAAAGAAAAGUCUACAUUUUUAUGAAUGUGAUGCUGAAGGACGAAUUGUUCACGAAAAGAUGGUUAAGGAUUAUAGUCGAUCGGCAGCUGAUCAGGAUAUGCCUUUACCACACGAACUUAGACCUCUAGAAGUUCUUCAAACAACGAUGGAUUAUUUAAUUUUUAACAUUUCAAGUGAAAUUCCGACAACAAAAAAUGAAUUAAUACGUUGGUGUGACUUUUUAUGGUCAAGAACUAGAGCUAUUCGAAAAGAUAUAACUCAACAAAUGCUGCAAAGCGAAAUGGCUGUUGAUUUAGUCGAAAAAUGUGCACGUUUACAUAUUUUUUCUGCUUUCAAAUUGAUUUCAUUGGGCACAGAACAUGUAAAUCAAGAAAUAAAUUCUGGUAAAUUUUUCUUUCAUGGGAAAAAUCGGUGA